AAGUCAACACAAGGGAAACCUUCAGGUCCAUGGGAGGCUGUACUGAGUGACGAGGCCAGCGCAGAAAAACCACAGGAGGAGCUGGGCGCCUCUGAACCAGAACGGGACUGCGGCUGCAGCAGCGUGAAACCUACAGCCCAGCUGCAAAGCGAGAAAGAACUGAGCUCCGCGGGCGAAGGCAAUGUAGUGAGCCCCUCAAAUCUCGGGGCUGAUGCCGAUAAAUGCACCGAAAAGGUGUGCAGUGCCCCAGCAGACAGCGAGGGUUGGCAGAACAAGAGCAGCGUGUGCUCUGUGUGGGACAGCGCUGUCCUGGAGGCCGAGUCCCUUGAAGCCUGCACGGAAAUCCCACUUGAGGACAUAAAGGAGCUUCCUCGAACUCGUUCUGGUCUCCAGUCCUACAGAAAUCACUUGAUCAUGGAGCUGCUGUGGUUGCAACAAGCUAUCGUCAGCCGUAAAAACUACUUGAUGCUGAAACAGAGGCUGGGGACUCCUGACCCUUAG